AUGGCUCCAAGGCAAAGCAAGGCGGCCAAAAGGUCUGCCAAGCAAAAUCUGACAAAAGAGGUGACACCUGAAGUCUUCAACGACCCAGAGGCUAGAAAUCGUCUUGCAAAUCAGCCGAGAUUGACAGAAAAGUCGGCUGUCUCGAAACCCAGUAAGUCCAAGGUCAAGAAAGACCAGCGCUUAUCAAGGCUUUAUGGUAAAAAAGCUGGAAACAACAAAACUUACUCAGAAAAGGAAUUGAACCUACCGCCGCUAAACCGGGCAAUUAUUCCAGGCGUCAAGACGAAGAGAGGUAAGAAGGGCAAAUCUCUUGUUGAAGACGGCGACGAGCUUCUUUUAAACAGGUUAGUCACCAGCAUCGGUGACAGUAUCGACCAAGUUACCGAAAGCAGGCUCGAAAAAUCCAGGAGAGUAGAAGAGAUAAGGAACCUCAAACGGCAAGAAAUAGAGAAGAAAGAGGAGGCUAAAAAAUUACAGCUCGAUUCCAAAAAGGAUGAAAUCAAGAAGAAAGCCUCUGUAGCACGGGCUAUGCGGAGGAAAAACAAAAAAGCGAUUGAAAAAUCCAACUCAAAUCUCGCGACAUCUGAAGCCAAGGGGCCUAAGAAGUCAGUGGCUUUUGCGUAG